GGCGCUACGUGACGCCGUCGUUCAGCGGCCGCACAUACGGCAAAAAGAGGCAGCCCCGGCGGCGCCCCAAGGAGAAACAGCCCGGGGAGGGCCAGGGCGCCGCCACAGUAAAGACGCCCGAGGGCGCGCCCGAGCAACGCCAAGAUGUCGCUCAUGCCCAAGGGCAUGGCGAAGCAGCACGCGCGGGAGCCCGGCCAUGUCUCCGUGAGGAACAAGACGGUCGCGAUGGUCGAGGGCCACCUCAACAAGCAGCGCUCCGCCUACGACCACUGGAUCGCGGAACUUUGUCGCGACGCCGAGGAGAGCGCCAUGGAGCGCGACCGCCUCAAGGCCAAGCUCGCGGCGUUGCGGGACGACCACAAGCGCAAAGUGAUGACUAAAAUCAUUGGGAGGCUCGGCAACAUGAACUACUUCGUGGCCUGGAACCACUGGCACACGGUGACGAUCAAGGAUGCCCAGAAGAGGGCUGGGGAGCGGAUUCGCGAGCUCAAGAAGCAACUGAAGGAGUGCAAGAAGAAAACUGAAGAAUUGGAAGCGGAGGCGCAGCGGCGCGCCGACGAAGCGGCCGCGCUGGCGUUCGGGGCGGCUACCGACUCCCAGAAGAAGCUCAUCUGGAAGAUUCUUACAAGGUUAUCGACGCUGAAAGUGCGGCUGUUCUGGGGCCACUGGUACAAGCAGACCUUCGGCGCGAAGCUCCAGAAGCUGCUCAUGAUCAAGAUCUUGAAAAGGAUGAUGCACUCGUUCCUCAACAAGGGCUUCGGCAUGUGGCGCUACGUGACGCAGCAGUGGGAGCUGAUCAAGAAGCUCGAGCUGAAAGAUCAAUUGGUCAAGGAAUUGGAGGAGCUCGAGCGGCUCGCGAAGAAGUACAAGGACGACGCCGAAGAGCGCCAGAACCAGGCGGCGUCUGCCGCGUUUAACAGAGCGACGGGCGCGCAGAAGGACAUGAUGAUCAAGAUCCUGUCCAAGCUCACGGGCAACAUGUCGAUGCUCAGCUUCAAGGUCUGGAAGCGCAAGAGCGACGAGUUCACGCAACAAUACAACUUGCUGAAGAAGAUCAUGACGCGCAUGAUGAAGAUCAAGAUCUACACGUCCUUUCGCCACUGGCACAAUGUGGUGUUUUUGUCGGGCCUGUCGAAGGUGAAGAUGCGCGAGGCUUUGUUGGAAUCGCAACGGGAGAAUUUAUCAUCUACCCUUGCUGAAAGAGCAGAGGAAUUGCGCAAAUUGCAGCAGGAGGCGACGGAUCUGUUGGCUCUCAGUCAACAAAAUGCGCAGCGAACCGCGGAGGUCAUGCAAUGCUCGGACCACUUCGCCGACGCCCUGCAUCUGAUCUUGGAUCCCAAAGCCCUCGAAAAGAGGAAUGCGUUAUCGUACGAGGACAUGGAGCGCAUGAUGGCCGAGGGCGCGGAUCCCGCGCAGUUCCAGAAGCCGCCGUACGACCCCGUGCCGCCGCCGAACCCCUACGCGGGCUACGGCGAGGCGCCGGAGGCCGAGGCGCCGGGCGGCAUCGGCGGCGGUCUGGGCUUCCUCGACACGCCGGCGGGCGGCGGCCGCGCUGCGCCGGCGAGGACGGGCGGCGGCCGGGCAAAGGCAGGGGGCGGCGGCGGCGACCUCGAGGGCUACAAGCCGCUGCCGCCGGGCGACUACUACUACCGACCCGCCUCGCCCUGACUCCGAGAAAGACCAAGUGUUUCCUCCCCCGGCCCCCUGAUCCCCCUUAUAACUCGGCCGAAAUG